AUGCCCAAGGUCAUCAGCCACACGCCGCCCUGGCUAUGCAGACCCUCGCCAGCCGCCUCUUUCUUCACCGGAAAAACCUCCGCAGGUGCUGCUGCCCACUCACAGAAUGGGGACGAAAAGAAGGAGAGCUAUGAAGGCCCGCAAAGGACCCUGGCGCGCCGAGGAACCGAAGUCUUCGCGGUGGUCGACAACCAGAUCCGGUGGUCAAACUUGGCGACGUUGAAAGAUGAAUGGCAGACGCGUCUGAAGUCGAAAGGGAAGCCUUCAACGAAGGAAAGUGUCGAAGCGCGAGAACACUACAGAGUCCUGACCGUCCCAGUCUAUGGCCAGAUUAGACAGUUGGUCGUCUCCCCUAACGGCGCGUUUAUGGCGAUUGUUACGGCGCAUACGGUUCAUAUCGCAGUUUUGCCGGAUUCAUCGCACCUCUCAGCCAACGAUUCCUCUCCGAUCCGCUUGAAGACCUACCAGCUUGGCCCGACAACUCACGUCAUUCCCGAGUCUCCCGUGGUGUCGGCGCUAUGGCAUCCGCUGGGUGUACAUACGAAUCUGGGAGCUUGCAUCGUGACUGUCACCGCCGAUGCCGCUGUUCGUGUGUGGGAGUUGGAUCGGAAUAAUCACUGGUCAUUUGAUCAACCAACCCUGGCAAUCGAUCUGAAAAAGCUGGUUGACGGAACAUCCUCGGACGAGGAUUUUUCGCCGUUAGGAUUUGGGAAAAACAAAGGGUUCUCUGCGGAUUCCUUCGAUAUGGAGGUCGCUUCGGCAUGCUUCGGAGGUACCGGUCAGGAGGGUGAAGAUGCAUGGGCACCGAUGACUCUUUGGGUCGCGAUGAGACCGGGAGAUAUAUAUGCUCUGUGCCCUCUGUUACCUUCCAAAUGGCAGGCUCCUCCGACUACGAUACCGUCCCUCUCCGCUGCCAUCGUUCCCAAACUGGCUGCCGUUGAGGAAGACCCACUUGAAUCGGAGGACGAAUUGAUAGCCUGUCGACAACAGUACGAGUGGCUCAAGGAGAUCGACAGCCAAGAUCCUCUCGGGGUCUCAGCGGAUUCAGGUCCUUUAUCCGACAUGGAGAUUCUAACCCGUCCUACGAAUCCCAGCGCCAUCCCCAGACUACAAGGCCCGUUUCAAUUCGAUGCCGGCGAACAAAUUGAUGAUCUGGAUGUGACAGAUUUGCUCGUUAUUCCGGCCAAACUCGACAUGGAUGAUCUCAUGACGGGUGAGGACGAUGAGGGCUCGCUGGAGGAAAACAUGCAAGAGGGUCUGUCGGUCACAGUCAUCUGUCUCUCCACCACAAGUGGACGGGUGCACAUCUGCCUCGAACUUGAAGGAGUUGAGGGCCAGUGGCUGCCAAAAGCCAAGAAGAACACUUUUAGGACCCCCCUCUCGGAACCAGCCGAUUU